AAAAUAUUAGAGAAAACUAUUUGACAUUUGUUUAGAUACGUUGGUCGCCGAUCUUUAUAGCUUAUAAUGGAACUCGGAUAUAAUAUAUUUUCAGUGUUACUUCUAUUAUUUGCCAUUAACCUGAGCAAUGCCAGAGAUUGUGGAAUAAAUCCCAUAGAUUCAUUUCACAUAGAAAUCCCCACAACGACAUCAACAAUUUCAACAACAACAACAACAACAACGACAACAGUAUCCUCUACCACAUCGACGACCACCGAAUCCACCACUACAACCUCAACAUCAUCGGUUUCCGUUGAAACAACGACAAGUGGAAUGCAUAGCUGUGACACCACAACAACUUCUUUAUGUAUCGCUACGACGACAACAACCACAUGGGAAUGUGAUUCGAAUACCAAUUCUCCGCCUUCAAGCUUUGCGGUUCGUGUAUUUUGGACCCAUCAAGAUUGUGUCAAUUUGAAAGAUGACACGUUUUUGGUGGAUCCCAGACACUGUCGCCGUUAUUACAUUUGUCACAAUGGCCGGCCUAAACGCCAACACUGUCCUCUGACCCAGUGGUUCGAUCGUCAGACGUUAAGUUGUCGUGCCAGAAAUUUAGUAACAAAUUGUCCAAUAAAUAGAUCGUAAAGGCUGAACGUGGGAGCUAUGAAGCAAAGAAUUAUUUGAAAAUAGAGAACAAUUGUAAAGGUAUUCGUCGUAAGUGCGGCAACUGCCAGGAAUGAGUUCAAGUGACAUGGGUAAAAACGUAUCUUUAAUGAAAGUGUAUUUCAUGAAUAUGCAUAAAUUUCAGGACAAGUAAUUUUUUCAAUAAAACAAGUUAG